AUGAAUCAUGAUGAUGCGAUGUGGAACAUUAUGGGGCAGACCUUUUGCUCAUUUAAAGUGAAAACACGUGACGAGAAGACGCGGUUUUGCCGCAACCCGUACAAUGUGACUGGCUUGUGUCAACGUGGUGUUUGCCCGCUCUCCAACGCGCAGUAUGCAACCAUCAUUGAACACGAGGACGAGCUUUAUUUGUAUGUCAAGACUGCAGAGCGUGCCCACCUUCCACGUCGUCAAUGGGAGAAGGUGCGACUUGACGCCAGUUUUCCCCGUGCCUUGGCACAGAUCGAUGAGGAGUUGCAGUGGUGGGAUCAUAAGCUUGUAAACAAGAUUAAGGCACGUCUGCUGCGGCUUAAGCAGUACAUUAUGCGCCGUCGCAAGAUGUUGCUAGAGCCCAAGGUGGAGUAUGUUUCGGUUAACAAGAGACAGGAAGAUAAGCUGUUGCGGCGUGAGGAGAAGGCAGAGGCUGCGGCGCGAUUAGAGCUGGAGGUCGAGAAGGAGCUGCUGGAGAGACUACGGAAGGGGACGUAUGAUAGCGUUAUGAACUGUAGCCGUGAGGCAUUUGAGCGUGUACUGGACCAGGAGGAGGAUCGGGCGGAGCUCGAGGCUUUAGAGGAUGAAGAGGAUGAGGAAUUCCCGGAGUUUGUCAUGGACGAGGAAGACGAGGAGGAGGAGGAAAGCACGGCGAAAAACGGGGUACGCGUGAACGGGCGAAAGCCCGCACGACGACAGCGUCUGGUUAUUGAGGAGGAGCUGGAGCAUGAACAGCCGCAGAAGCGUAGCCGUGUGGACGAGCUGGACUGGUGA